AGGAGGAGGAGGAGGAGGAGGUUCCGGGACGGGGAGCAUGGAAGGAGCGGAUGAGAUGGACUACAUGGAGAGUGAUGCUCCACUGCUCUCACAGUUCCACGAGGAUGCCAUCCAGCAGGCUGGUACAGGUCCAUUCCAGCGCCUCCUUCUGCUCGUGGCAGGUCUUGGUCUCGCUGCUGACACUAUUGAGCUGUUUGUCGUGGCUUACGUCAUUCCUUCAGCAGAGGUGGAGCUCUGUAUGUCCGGCACCCAAAAAGGAUGGCUUGCGGCGAUCACUUUCAUCGGCAUGAUGAUCGGGGCAAUGAUCUGGGGUAGUCUAAGCGAUAACGUGGGUCGCCGUCGGGCUCUCCUGUCGGCACUCUUCGUUAAUGCCCUGUUUGGUAUAAUGACAGCCUUUAUGCCUACCUAUGGCAUCUUUAUGACCACGAGGCUCUGUUCUGGGAUUGGAAUUGGUGGCGGUAUUCCUAUUGUGUUCGCUUACUACUGUGAGUUUGUGACGCAGGCAGAGCGAGGACGCCACUUGUCCUUCUUGCUGGUGUUCUGGGCGGUGGGCGGGGUGUUCACGGCGCUGAUGGCCUGGAUUAUUAUACCAAGGACAGGCAUCACAGUGGUAUUGGAUGAAGAGCAUCACUUUAGCUCAUGGCGUGUGUUCUUGGCAAUAUGCUCCUUACCAUCAUUCGCAGCCGUCAUUGGCCUGUACUUCAUGCCAGAGUCUCCUCGCUUUUUGCUGGAGAAAGGGAGGGAGGUGGAGGCCAUGAUGGUGUACAAGAAAAUAUUCAAAUGGAAUAAUGCUCAUAAUCCUGGAGCAGAGUACCAGCUGACAGAAUUUGAGUUACCAUCUGGGAGUCAUCGGCCUCUUCGUCACACUCCACCUCAGGGAGUUGGGAAGAAUUUUGUCGCUGACAUCUCAUAUGGUCUAGAACAAUUUUGGGGUCUCUUUCUUCAACUGUUUCUGCCACCCUACUUGAAGACCACUCUCUUGCUCCUGGUUGUGUGGCUUACCUGUUCAUUUGGGUUUUAUGGGCUGUCAGUUUGGUUCCCGGAGUAUAUUAAGCUGCUUAAGACUGAGGAGUACGACAAACACGCCAACAUCUCUAGGGAUGAUGUGAUUAAAGACGAAAUCUUCAGCAACACCACUCUGGACAACAUCCAUUUUGUGGGCACCAUCUUCAACAAUGUCACUUUCAGCAAGACCCUCAUCAAUCAUGUCCUCUUCCUCAACUGUUCCAUUUAUGACAGCCUUUUCUCGGAUGUUAGGACAAGCAAGACAUUUUUUAAGUUUUGCCACAUAGCACGCAAUAGCUUCAUCGACACUGACAUACACAAGUACCGCUUUCAGGACUGUGAAAUGACUGACAACACAUUCCAUGGACUUGCACCUGGCUGUCCACUAGAUUUUGAUUAUAAUAUCCACUACAAGGCGGUGUUUCAGGAGAAUUUGAUUGGACAGUUGACUAUGAUUCCUGGCACUCUGAUCACAUCCCUCCUCCUGGAUAAGUUAGGAAGGGUUAGGAUUAUGAGUAUAUCUAUGGCAUUGUCAUCAAUAUCGGCAUUCUUCAUCUGGUUUCUAAGCAGUAAAAUUAGUGUCAUUGUCUUUGAAGCUGUAUUCAACUUUAUUUUCAUAUCUGGUUGGAAUGCGCUGGAUAUAGCAACAACGGAAGCUUUCCCAACACAUAUCAGGACAACAGCAUAUGGCUUCCUCAGCGCUGCAUCACGUAUCGCAGGAGUGAUGGGAUCACUGGUCUUUGGUCAGUUUAUUUACUCCAGUCGAGCUAUCCCAAUGAUUGCUACUUCCAUUGUUCUAAUGCUGGGAUCUAUAGUUUCUCUGAAGCUUCCAGAGACCAAAGAUAAUCUUUUAUAGACUAAAUGUUUAUUAAAAUUAACAAGUUUAUUGCGAGGUAAAUUUUGCAGGUUACCAAUGAAGCAACCCAUUAUUUUAAGCAAAAAUUUUGUGACGACCGUAGUCAAAGUGUAUGUAAAUUUAAAACCCGGGUACAGGUAUUUAUUUGUUCAGUGUAUUAUUAUAUUUAGCUUAUGAAGGAACAUUGUUUCUUCAAUUAGUUUCACAAAUGGAUUCAUAUACAGGGUAUGUCAUAAAAUGUAUACACACUGCCUUACAGAUUUUCAUAGUGAUCACAUGAAUGAUUGCAUUAUAACAGCAGCAUCGUUCUCACUAGUUAAUAUGCGACCCAGCAUCAACAAGUAAGGACAGUCGCCACGAAAAUCUGUAAGAUACUAAAGUGUGUAAAUUUUUUUGUGACAACCUGUGUUGUGUAUGAGAGAAAAGGUGUGUUGUGAAGUAUCUAAAGAUAUUGCAGACUAGUACACUUACUAUUUUCUUCUUUUGUUCUGAAAAAGAAGUACAGUAUAUGUAUGAAAACCUCUUGAAUUUGGACUAAUUCAGCCCCAGGUUGGUCUAGACAUAAAAAAAUCAGGAUUGGAGCAACAUUCUGUUAAAUGAAGCUGGUUUUUUUGUACAGGUAUUUUGUUUAUUAUAAUUUCUUCACUUUUCAGCUUACUAGUCUUUCAUGCAGUUGAUUUACUCUUUGUUACUUUGCUAAGA